AUGACUAUGGAUGCAUCUGCGGCGUCAGGCCCGGGAUUUCUGCUGCAGCAUCCCGCAUCUGAUCUGUCACGGUCGUCGUCGUUGCCAUCAUCGUCGUCCCCACCUAGCGCGGCGGUCGUCAUCGUCCUGGCUGUGGCCUUGUUGAUCUCGCUCAGCGUGUCCGUAUGGUCCGUCUAUGCUUCAAUUCGCGAUGCAGCUCGUGCUAAAGAGGAUCCCAAGAACGGCCCGAAUAAUCAUCCGGAACACGACUUGCUGUUGGAUGAUAGCGACGAGGACGAGCACGAACGUCGCGAUGACGAUGACACGGAUGGGGACGAUCAACGACCCUCGCUCGCGCAGUGGAUUCGAGAAGCAGCACGACUUAUGCUAUUGGCUGGUUUGUUGGGGGUCACGACGGCCAAGCUUUCGGUCGAGUCGCAUGCUUCGACAUGGCUUGUGCUAUGGGAGGUCGAGUUGAUCGUGCUCGCGGUGAGUGAACAUGCCUCCGCACGCGAAGAGCGGAGGUCAGGCAGCUCUCCCAACACCGAGCACUGAUUUCAUGGUUUGAUCACUACCGUACAGGUCUAUCUGACUUCACUGAGUCUACUCGGUGUACUCCACGUCGUGCCCCCGUCGCUGUCGAGGCUGCAACAAGGCCCGCUCGCGUUCAUCUCACUCGUCUUCCUCGCGAUACGUCACGUGAGUCCGGUCGAGGCCGGCAUGUGGGGCUCCAGGCUGAUAGGCUGAGCAGAUGCCAAUGGUGCAAUGACUGACGCGGUUCUUUCUCUUCACAGAUCUUGCCUUACUUCUUGCAGUCCCGACCUCACGCAUCGGCCGUCAGCUCGCUUGGAAUGGCACAAACCGCGGUCGUGGCGGCGCUCUUCUUGAUCGUUCUUUCGACGCCGCCUGAUUGGUCGCCCGUGUUGCCCAAGGUCAGCCUCAGCUCUGCAAGCAGAGGCCACUCGUGUUUGUCCCGGAAUAGGUGCUAACCCAUCCGCGAAAAUAUGUGAACCCCCGACCAGGCAAAACCCCACCCAGCCCAAGUCGCAUCACCCUUGUCGCGACUGUUUUUCACUUUCCUUGAACUUCGCAUGAUCCGGUAUUACCUCGGCUCCUCGCGCCGAUCAAGUUCGACGAGCGCGUCCGAAGAUUUCCUCAAAUACGUGCCCGUCCUCCCCGACGUCCUUCACACCCAACACGUCCUACACCACUUUCGAUGGAGGGGUGACGAACCCCGAGCUUCGGCCAACGACGAAGAACGCGUCAACACGAUUGGUGGUGUUCGGGCCUUCAUGUGGACGUUCCGGAUCGAGUUGGUCAAGAUUCUCUGCUUCGCGACCGUCUGGGUCCUCGCGUUGUUCGUUUCGCCUCUCUCAAUGAAUUUGUUGUUGCGAUACGUACAAGGUCAAGAUACGACAAAGGUCUCGCCUUACCUCUUCGUGUUUGGCAUCUUUGGUGCUCCUAUCGUCGCUUCGACCGCCUACCAAGGGGCGACUUAUCGGCUGAGCGAGAUUGGGCUGCGACUGAGGGGCCUGCUGGGUCACGCCGUUUUCGAGAAGUUGCUGCGGGUCAAAGCUGGAGGAGGAGGAUCAAAGGAAGAUGGCGAAGAUGUGGAUGAUGAAGAUGAGCCAGACGAGGAGGUGACCGAGGACGGAGCUUCGACCGACUCGGCGCCGAGCCCCACGUCUUCGGGCAGCAAAUCGGGCGGAAGCGAGGCUGUCGGCAGGGUCAACAACCUCGUCGGCACCGACAUCGACGUCAUUACCAGCUCCUUGACGACCUCAUUGCAACUGUUCGGCGUCUUGCCCAAGCUGUUCGUCUCGUUGUUGUUCCUCUACUUCCUCUUGGGUUGGUCCGCCUUCAUCGCCUUGGCUUCGAUCGCCGCGUUCGCCCCGAUGAGCACGAUCGUCAGUCGCAAGUACGGCGCCAUACAAGAAGAGAUCAUGAAAGCUACGGACAAGCGUAUCACGAUCGUUCAGGAACUCGUUUCGUCCGUGAGGAUCAUCAAGAUGUUCGCGUGGGAGAAGUCAAUGAUGGGUAAGAUUUAUGAGGCGAGGGAGAUUGAGUUGGGCAGGAUCACCAAGAGGGCCAAGGUUUAUGCGGGGAUGAUGGGGUUGUCGACCGGGGUUCCAAUGGUCGUUACUUUGAGCACCUUUGGAGCGUAUGUCUUUGGGAUGAAGCAGGUGAGUCUGAGUGGGUAUCCACGUUGCUUCUGAGCAUGGCCGCUAAUGAGGGGGUUACGCGCAGACCUUGACAGCAUCAACGGCGUUCACCAGCAUGUCCCUCUUCGGUCUCUUGAGGGAAGCGGUCAUUUCUUCGACGUAUCUCCUUUCAGCUUUCAUGCGAGCCAAGGUCUCGCUGAACCGCAUAACCCGCUUCCUCUCCGACACCGAAGAACUCGACUCCUCCCCUCGCUCUUUCGAAGGCGACACCAUCUCCUUCAAGAACGCCGUCUUCCGUUUCUCGCGCUACAACUCGAAAGGAUCUCAGCCUUUCGAACUCUUCGUCAAUGAUCUGACGAUUCCGAUGGGUAAGACGACGAUCAUCGCUGGCGACGUUGGGUCGGGCAAGUCGGCUUUGUUGCUCGCUCUCUUAGGGGAGCUGCAUCGUCGUUCGGGAGAGGUCAAGUUCCCCGCGAGGGUCAAGACGAGUUUCGCGGCGCAAUCAGCCUGGUUAUUGGAUGAUACGGUCAAGGCGAAUAUAUUGUUUGGGGAGAAGUACGACAAGGAGAGGUACGAGGAUACGAUCAGGGCUUGUAGUUUGGAGGAAGAUCUGAAAGGGUUCGAGGAGGGGGAUGAGACAAGGGUAGGAGAGAAGGGUGUCUCGAUGAGCGGGUCAGUGCCUCUACACUUUGAUUUGGACAUUCUGGAUUCUCGAUCUAAUCGAUGUAUUGGGUUUGCUGUCAGAGGUCAAAAACAGCGCGUCGCGCUCGCCCGAGCAGUCUACUCGCAGUCCGAAAUCGUCCUGCUCGACGACGUCCUCAGUGCGGUCGACAGCACCACCGUUGCCGCCGUCGUUGAGAACUGCCUCAACGGACCCCUCUUGGCCGGUCGUACGGUCGUGCUCGUCACUCAUUUCGUCAAACUUUGCACAAGACGGAUCAAGAAUUGCGAGCACGUUGUUACGCUGCAUGAUGGGGAGAUCGAAUCGAUCGAGACGCCCGAGAAGAGGGACAAGAAGCAUCUCUCACCUAGCGAUGCUCCAGGGAUGCGAAGGACAAGCUCCAACAUAUCUACGACCUCAUCUUUUGAUCAAAGGGUCCCCAAAUCGAAGAAAGAAGAGGACGAGGCUGCGAGUAGGAAGAAGGAACAGGAGCAGAAACUUCAUGGUGCUGACGAGGGGGAUGCAGGGACGGAUAUCUCGUUUCGCGUGUACAAAAAGUACUUCACCGUGAUGGGCGGUUGGGUGUUUUGGACUUUGUAUGCGUUGGUCAACCUUGUAGCGCACGUUUUCAUGCUCUCUCAGGUAAGCUCUAUCUGAUGCCACGUGAUGCGUUACGGUAAAGGCUGACUUAGAGUUCUUUGUUCUUCCAAAGGGAUGGUUCAUUGGUCGCUGGGUCAACGCCGAGGAUCGCGACAGCCGCAAAGUCGCCUACUUUACCUUGUACUCGCUCAUUCAACUCGCCUCAGCCUUGUCCCUGACGGCGAUGUACCUCGUUCUCAUUUUUGGGGCCAUUCGUGCUUCACGAACUUUGCAUGGACGGCUCACAUCGGCUAUCUUUGGCGCGCCGUUCAGGUUCUUUGAUGAAACGCCUCAGGUGAGCCAUUCCUCGGAUGCAGUCACGAGUUGAGCACUGAUUGCUCGUACCGGGGUUGGGCUUCAGGGUCGGAUCACGAACCGAUUCUCCAAGGAUACCGAAAUCCUCGAUACGGAACAAGUUGAGAACUUGCAACCCGUGCUCGACUAUUCGGUCCAAGUCCUCUUCGUCGCCAUCACCAUCUCCGUCAUCUUGCCCGUCUUCCUCUUACCCGCGGCGUUCAUCUCGGCCAUCUUCUUCUUCCUCGGGCGAUUGUACAUUCUCAAUGCGUUGGCAGCGAGGAGGCAGGUCGCUAGUGCCAGGUCGCCGUUGUUUUCGACUUUAGGGGAUGCGUCGACGGGGGUGACGACGAUUCGAGCGUUUGGAAGGGAAAAGGCCUUCUCAACACAGUAUCGUGACCAGACGGAUAGGUACAACCAAGUGAGUUUGAUCCGAGUGUUUCACUGUGGCUCGUUUACUCACUCCAUUGCCAUCCGCUUCGUAUCAGAUGCAACUCUACGAGUUUGGUUUGGAUCGAUGGCUCGAGGAGCGCUCGGACAUGGUCGGUGCGACGGUGUCGUUCAUCGUUGGGUUGCUUGCCUUGAGGGCUGGCUUGAGCAGUGGUAUCACCGGUUUCUUGGUUUCGACAGGGUUAGAGGUGGGUUAUUCCACGAUCCAUAGUUGGCGGAGAUGGCUGGAGCUGACUAGUGGCGAAAUGUCGACCCACAGUUCACGAAUCGCAUCCUCUAUGUCGUGCGAGCGAUCAACAAGAACGAGCUAUCGCUGAAUAGCGUCCAACGCAUCCUCGAAUAUAGCGAUAUCGAGCAAGAAGUGCAGACAUCGGGCAAGGGUGACCCACCCAAGGACUGGCCUGAGGGAUCGAUCGAGUUCAAUAAGUACUCUGCCCGUUAUUCGCACGACGGACCAGAUGUCCUUCAUGAACUCUCGUUCAAGAUCAAAGCUGGAGAAAAGAUUGGGAUCGUCGGACCUUCUGGAUGUGGCAAGAGCUCGUUGUCGCUCGCUUUGUUGCGUUUCAUUAUCGGUUCAAACGGGGAGAUCCUCGUUGACGACCGCAAGGUCUCCGAAACGAACCUCGAGGCCUUGAGAUCGCGCAUGACAUUGAUCCCUCAGGACCCGACGUUGUUCAGUGGGACGUUGAGGUCCAACUUGGAUCCGAAUGAGGAGUAUGAUGAUGCUGUGUUGUGGGCUGCGGUUCAGAGGUCCGGUUUCGCGGGCCAUGAAGGGGAUGCCAAGAACAGAAAUAAGGGGAUGUCGCUCGAUACGGUCGUUCAGACCGGCGGAUCAAACUUCUCCCAAGGUAAGGAAAUGGCGGUAAUCCUCGUGCGAUUUUCGUUGACUGAUGAUCAUUGGGUCCGACAGGUCAACGGCAACUUCUCUCCCUCGCUCGGGCGCUCGUUCGCUCGAGCAAGAUCAUCAUCCUCGACGAGGCCACCGCGAGCCUGGACAAUGAGUCGGACAACACGUUGCAAGAGGUGAUUCGGAGCGAAUUCAAGCGGUGCACGAACCUCACGAUCGCUCAUCGACUCGGUAAGCUUGACGAUCGGUGCUGCGCUCACCUUCCCACUCCUUUCUUUCUCCCCGUGGGGCUUGCGAGCCUCUCAAGAGCUCAACGGCUCGCUAGAGUUGUCCUGCGACCGGUUCGCUCAUCAUACGUUUUCUUAUAAUUCUUCUCGCCCUCUUGCAGAGUCCGUGAUCGAUUUCGAUCGGAUCCUCGUGCUCGAGCAUGGCAAAGUGGUCGAGUUCGACACGCCGACCAGACUGCUGGAGAACCAAAAGAGCGCCUUUUACGACCUGUGUCAGUCGAGCGGCAAUUUCGACGAGUUGAAACAGGCCGCUGCUGCGUGUGCAGGGAGUAAGGGGCCGGCGAAGAAAUAG